UCGCACGCUUCGCAUAUCUUUCACUCUCUGGGGAUCCACAUUGCUCAUGGAUCGCUUUGGGAGAUUCUUCAUAGUUCGUACGUGAAGGGUGGUUUAGCUUUGGGGGCUCUAUUGGGACCAGGACGAGAGUUACUCUUUGAUGGCCUAAAUGCGUUUAAGAAGGGGUCGCCUAACAUGAACUCUCUCGUGGGAUUUGGUUCUAUAGCCGCAUUCAUCAUUAGUUCCAUCCCGCUACUUAACCCCAGCCUAGCAUGGGAUGCAUCCUUCUUUGAUGAACCGGUCAUGCUUCUUGGUUUCGUGCUUCUGGGACGUUCUCUGGAGGAAAAGGCAAGGAUCCAGGCAUCUAGCGAUAUGAAUGAACUGCUUUCACUUAUAUCUACUCAGUCAAGACUUGUGAUUACUUCAACAGAAGGUUCUCCUUCUACUGACACUGUGCUUUGCUCUGAUGCAAUUUGUGUUGAAGUCCCAACUGAUGAUAUUCGAGUAGGUGAUUCAGUGUUGGUGUUGCCUGGAGAAACUAUUCCUAUAGAUGUAAGCCUUUCUGAUUUCUAUUGGUAUUCUGUUUAUCUUAAAUAAAAAAAAGCAUGAAGUUAAUUUUGUGGUACCUGAAUUGGUGAGAGUGCACACAUAUCAUUGCAUUAAAUUUGUAGUCUCUAGGACCAAAUGCUCAAUUACUAGGAUGUGCCUAAUAUGCCAACAAUGUCCUAUAAUAAUAACAUUGUUAUGAAAACAUUCAUUC